AUGAGCCACACCGACGAACCCGCCGAAGGGUCAUCGCGCGCCUCCCUAGAUCCCCAUCUCAAUACCUCAGAGGACCAGGACGAAAUGACAUCGCCAAACCCUAUCCACCCACCUUCGUACCGACCCGAGUACAUGACUGUAGGCAAUGGGUCACAGCCGUCUCAUGCCGCAGCUCUUAUGGAACAACUAGAGCAUGACUCCGGCUAUGGCAGCAUGGCAAACGACGUGCAACAGUCUGGUGGCGAGAUGCGCGCAUGGGAGGACGAAUUUCUCAGAGACAGACCGACACCUGCCCAUACUCCCCAAAUCAACGGACAGCCCCCCAGAAUGUCCGAAACAGAGAAACGAUCGCUCGCCAGUCAUGUGCAUCAACUUUAUUACAAUCAAAAUCGCGUCGCACUCGCAAAAGCAAUCUCGCAAACCGUCGAACUGCUGAAGCAAUUAAAGGAGAUGAAUUCUCAAUGGCCUGCACACUAUCCCUCUGUUCAGAAAGACGAGAAAGAAAAGCAAUUGGCCAGACCAGCUCUGCGAGAAGUCCAGUCAACGAGGGAGGCGGCAGAUUUGUCACGGCAGAUGUUUCUCAAAAAGGCAGCACAAGAUCGGCCAGGAGCUUUGAAAAGAGCUGGCACUUCACUGGGAGAAGAUACGUCGGGAGAGUCAAGUUCGCAGGCUCAACAAAGGCGGACGCCUGAACCACGACUAAUCACACCACAAAUCGCGCAGGAGUUCUCCAUCCUUAAACUCGACCUCAAAGUCGGUGCGCUGUCUCAAACGGAACUCGUGCAUUCUCUGGAAAAGAAGUCGAUCGCCUCACUACUGGAUGGCAAAAUAAGUCAGAGCGUGCGGCAUUUGUUGGCGCUGCGAGACCGAAUCGAGGAUACAUCGAGCAAGGUGUUGGUCACUGGUGAUCUAAAUGCGGGCAAGUCGACCUUCUGCAAUGCCCUCCUGCGCCGCAAGAUUCUGCCUGAAGAUCAGCAACCCUGUACCAGUAUUUUCUGUGAAGUACUGGAUGCAAAGGAGAAUGGUGGCAUCGAAGAAGUCCAUGCUGUUCACAAAGAUUCUGUCUAUGACCGAAAUGAUGAAAGCACCUACGACUCUUAUUCCUUACAAGAAUUGGAGAAAAUUGUCGUUGACAACGACCGAUAUAUGCAGUGCAAGGUCUAUGUCAAAGAUAUUAGGACGAUUGACCAGUCGCUGCUGAAUAACGGCGUCGUUGACAUCGCGCUGAUUGAUGCCCCGGGCUUGAACUCAGACUCUGUCAAGACUACAGCUGUGUUUGCCCGACAAGAGGAAAUUGACGUGGUUGUCUUUGUGGUAUCAGCGGCAAAUCACUUCACUCUCUCUGCUAAGGAAUUCAUUUGGCAAGCAGCACAUGAAAAAGCCUAUAUCUUCAUGGUGGUCAAUGGAUUUGACAACAUCCGAGACAAAGAAAGAUGUCAGAAGAUGAUUCUAGACCAGCUGGCUAAACUGAGUCCACAGACAUUCAAAGAAGCCCAAGAAUUGGUCCAUUUCGUAUCCAGCAAUGCCAUCCCUAUGGUGCCUUCGCUGUUGACCGAUAGAGUCGAUAGCGGCGGCGGCGGUGGAUCGGAUCCUCCCGGAGAUGAUGAUGACGGUUCAGACAAGGGCAAAGGGAAAGACAAGGAAAAGAUACGAGACUUUGAAGUCCUCGAGAGUGCACUCCGGCGGUUUGUCUUGGAAAAGAGAGCACGCUCGAAACUUGCGCCUGCAAAGACCUAUCUAAUGAACUGCUUGGGCGACAUGAAUGUUCUCGCCACGGUGAAUCGCGACGUUGCACAAUCAGAGCUUGACCGUGUGUCCAAAGAACUUUCGGAGAUCGAACCGGAAUUUGAAGAGAAGCAGAAACAGCGUUCCGUCGUUUCGGAACAAGUCGAAAAAGGAAUCGAUUCUACAUCAACUGAGGUGUACAACUACACCCGAUCAACUCUGUCCAGCACUAUUGCAAAUGUUGGCCAUCAAAACCACGGCAUCGAAUACCCUGGGAUAUUCUCUGCAUUCCAAUAUGCAGAAGACUUGCGCGUGGCCAUGCUUGAUCAAAUUUCCGCUGCAGUCGCCAGCUGUGAGAACUACGGCCGGGCCAGGACUGUGCAGGGGGUCAACACCAUCAAGUCACUUGGCUUGUUGCAUGUGGGCGAUAGCUAUGAGAGCCUGAACUUCGCGGCAGACAAGAUGUUCCAGCGCCGCAAGGAUGCCCUGGUGCGGUCUGUGGAUACAGACGUCGAUGUGUGGGAUUUCUUUGAUGUUGCUGGAUUGUGGGAGCGACAAGAGAAGACGGUAGGUACGGGGCUCGCGCUCACUGUUGCUGGGACGUUAGGCACCCGGGCAGUUGGUGGUGUCGGGUGGGUUGAUGGAGCAUUCGGCGCUGCCAAAGUUCUAGGAAGCCGGAAUCUGAGGAGGUUGAUUGUACCAGGCGCCAUUGCUGCCGCAAUUUUGGCAGUGGCCUACAUUCUCUCAACUAUCCCGCAAACCCUGCCUCCACGUCUUGCUCAGAAACUCUCUGCGACUCUAGCUCAAAUGGAUUACACGCACAGCAACGCUCAUCGAAUCGCCUCCGAGGUCCGUCGCGUCCUUCGCUACCCUGCGCAACAAUUAACAGCAGACCUCGCCCACAACGUGGAAGAACUGAGACAGAGGAAAGAAGACGUGACGAAGACGAAGAAAGAGAGUGAGGUCGCGCGAAAAUACUUUGGGAAUCUCGUGCGGGAGAGUGAUGAGGCAAGGAGGCGAGUGGCAGGAAUUGAUCUCGAAGGGGGUCCGCCCGGUGCGGUGGGUGGUUAUGUCCUGUAA